UUCUUCGCGAACAGCAUUCAAGUAAAAGUAGAAUACUAGCCCAAAAAAUUGUUUAUAAACUCGGAAUCAUAAAAUUUAGAAAAUGGAACUAGUUAUAUUUAUAUUAACAUACCUUAAUAUGUUUAGUUUUAUAAUAACAGAACCAGUCAUUAAAGUCGGUGCAAUAUUUCCACAAGAGGCGGAGCAAAACUUCAACUAUCCGGAAAUGGUAUUCCAAUAUGCUGUGCAUAAGCUAAAUCUUGAUAAAAGUCUUUUGCCUGAUACUCAAGUCGUGCAUCACACACAAUAUAUCACGAAUGACAGUUUUCAGGCAGUACAAAAAGUGUGCAAUCUCAUCCAUAUUGGCGUUCAGGCGAUCUUUAGUCCGUCAAACUCGGCCUUGGCAGCCCAUAUCAAUUCUAUAUGUGCGGAGCUUGAUAUACCAGAUAUAGGAACAGGUCGGUCAACCCAAGAAUUUUCCAUCAAUGUACAUCCAUCAAAGCAAUAUGUAAAUUACGCUUUCAUCGAUGUUAUACAAUAUUUAAAUUGGACAAGGUUUGGAAUUUUAUAUGAAAAGAAUUACGGUAUAUUAGCAUUAAAUCAACUUUCGCGUUCAGUUCAAUCUGAACUGCACAUUCGACAAGUAUCGCCGACAUCGUAUUUUUCAGUUCUAAAGGAAUUUAAACAUAAGGAAAUACACAAUAUAAUUAUUGACACUAAUUCAGCUGAUAUUGCUAUAUUAUUGAAAAAUAUUCUUCAGCAACAAAUGAAUGAGUACAAAUAUCAAUACUUGUUUACAAGCUUCGAUUUGGAAACGUUUGACCUAGAAGAUUUUAAAUAUAACUUUGUAAAUAUCACAUCAUUUCGACUAGUCGAUAUGGGUGAUGUAGCGGUCAAGGAAAUUCUUAAGGACAUUGAUUUAUAUAAUCGAAGAAUAUUUAAGCAAAAUCAAACCGUUUUUAAACAACAAAAAUCUGCUGUCAUUGAGACAAAUGCAGCAUUAAUGUUCGACUCAGUUUAUGUGUUUGCCAUCGGCUUACAAUCAAUAUAUCCUUUGAUAAACCUAUCAAACUCAACUUGCGACGAUGAAGUACCGUGGAAUGGGGGUCUAAGCUUAAUAAAUUAUAUUAAUGCGGUUGAGUGGAAAGGAUUAACAGGUCCCAUACAAUUUAAGGAAGGACAACGAGUUCAAUUCAAAUUGGAUUUGAUCAAAUUAAAGCAACACUCCAUAGUUAAGGUUGGUGAAUGGACGCCCCAAAACCAUUUAAAUAUUACGGAACCAUCAUUAUUCUUCGACACUGGGUCAAUGAAUGUGACAUUAGUUGUUAUCACAAUACUGGAAACGCCUUACGUUAUGAUGCGUUACGGAAAAAACUUUACUGGCAAUGAACGUUUUUAUGGGUUUUGUGUUGAUAUUUUGGAAACAGUAGCACGUGAGGUGGGAUUCGACUACAUAUUGGACUUGGUGCCAGAUCGGAAGUACGGCGCUAAAGAUCCAGAAACUGGCCAGUGGAACGGCAUGGUCGCAGAGCUUAUGAAAUAUAAAGCUGACUUGGCUGUUGGCUCUAUGACUAUUACUUACGCAAGGGAAAGUGUAAUUGAUUUCACUAAGCCAUUUAUGAAUCUAGGUAUUAGCAUAUUAUUUAAGGUCCCAACAACGCAACCAAAUCGAUUAUUUUCAUUUUUGAAUCCAUUGGCUAUCGAAAUAUGGAUCUACGUGAUAGCAGCAUAUUUGCUUGUAUCGUUGACCAUAUAUAUUGUCGCAAAGCUUUCACCUAUGGAAUGGCAAUUUAUUAUUCCAUGUGAUUUAGAGAAUAUAACAAAACGCAAUCAGUUUUCGUUUUCGGAUAGUUUGUGGUUUACAAUUGGAACGUUGAUGCAACAAGGAUCCGAUAUCCAUCCAAAAGCGGUCUCUACUCGUAUUAUUACCAGUAUUUGGGGAUUUUUUUCAUUAAUUAUUGUUGCAUCGUACACUGCCAACUUAGCAGCAUUUUUAACUGUCGAACGAAUGAUGAAUCCUAUAGAAAAUGCUGAUGAUUUAGCAAGCCAAACCGAAAUAUCUUAUGGAACCUUAGAGAGUGGAUCAACAAUGACUUUUUUUCGGGAUUCGAUGAUUGAGACGUACAAAAAAAUGUGGCGAAUAAUGGAUAAUAAAAGGCAGUUGGCAUUUACAACAACUUAUGAAGAUGGCAUACGUCGAGUGAACCAAGGUAACUACGCAUUUUUAAUGGAAUCCACAAUGCUUGACUAUAUCGUUCAACGGGACUGUAAUUUGACACAAAUUGGCGGCUUAUUAGAUACGAAAGGAUAUGGAAUUGCUACACCAAAGGGUUCUCCCUGGCGGGACAAGAUAUCAUUGGCGAUUUUGGAGCUGCAGGAAAAGGGAGAUAUUCAAAUGUUAUACGACAAAUGGUGGAAAAAUACAGAUGAGACGUGCAAACGCAAAAGCAGUAAUAAACAUUCAAAAGCAAAUGCCUUAGGGCUUGAAAGUAUAGGUGGAGUCUUUGUUGUGCUUAUUGCUGGAAUACUGAUUGCCUUCAUAGUCGCAUUAUCCGAGUUUUUAAUAAACUUUCGUAAUCAAGAAAAUACAAAAAGAAAUCACCAAUGCAUCAGUAAUAAAAAUAAUUGCAAUACAAGCACCGCAUCAAUUGUUGGAGAUGCGCAGGACGAUUAUAGGCAACCACCACGAUCGUUAUGGGCAGAAGUUUUUGAGGAAUUACGCUUUGCUUUGUGGUGCACUAAUAAACGACAAAAACCACAGCUUAGAACGUGCUGCGAGAAAUGUCAAAUAAAUAAAUAAUUAAAAUAUAAAAACAAGUAUUCAAACUUAUAUUUGUUUAUGCAACCAAUUGGAGCUCAAUUA